GCCAUUCAUAAUUUCUCUUUCAUUCUCUCUCUCUCUCUCUCUCUCUCUCUCUCUCUCUCUUCGUUUCUUUCUUCCCCCUUUCUCAGAAUCCAAACCCUAGAAAUCCGUCCUUCGCAAUCUCAUAAAAUUCCCCAACAAAACCCUAGAUUUCCUCACAGAAUUCUUACUUUCCCGAGAUAAAGAGUAACAUCUGACCCCAUUAUCGUGAGUUCGCGCGCAGAUCGCAGAUCCUGUCAAUCUCCGUCGCUUCAAUUUCCUAUCUCCGAUCGGGUUUGGAUUCUGAUAAAUCUCUCCGUAAUUUCAAGGCAUUGGUGAUCUAGCUCUCGUGGCUUGCGCAUGGGUAAGAUUCUGCGAGAAACCUCGAGGCCAUCCUCCAAUUCUGCGUCGCCGUCAUCGUCCUCGGCUCCGUCAACGACAUCGUCGACGUCGAUCACCGAUACGGUGAGGGGUUCGCACCAGUUCAAGAUCACGGGGUAUUCUCGGUCGAAAGGGAUUGGGAUUGGAAAAUACGUAGCCUCGGAUAUUUUCUCGGUGGGAGGGUACGACUGGGCGAUCUAUUUCUACCCUGAUGGGAAGAGCGUAGAGGACAAUGCUACCUACGUGUCUCUAUUCAUUGCGCUCGCUAGCGAGGGGACCGAUGUUAGGGCUCUUUUCGAGUUGACCUUGUUGGAUCAGAGUGGGAAGGAGAGGCACAAGGUGCAUAGCCAUUUUGAGAGGACUCUCGAGAGUGGACCUUACACGUUAAAAUACCGUGGUAGCAUGUGGGGUUACAAGCGAUUUUUUAAGAGAACAGCACUAGAGACAUCAGACUACCUUAAAGACGAUUGCCUUAGUGUUAAUUGUAGUGUUGGUGUUGUAAAGUCACACACAGAGGGCCCUAGAAUAUAUUCGGUCCGAAUUCCACCUUCUAACAUUGGUCAACAAUUUGGGAAGCUACUAGAAAGUGGAAAAGGCAGUGAUGUGAGCUUUGAAGUGAAUGGAGAAAUUUUUUCUGCUCAUAAAUUGGUACUAGCAGCUCGCUCUCCUGUUUUCAGGGCCCAACUUUUUGGUCCUAUGAAAGAUCAGAAUACACAGUGUAUAAAAGUAGAAGACAUGGAGGCUCCAGUUUUCAAGGCGUUGCUUCAUGUUAUAUACUGGGACUCACUACCUGACAUGCAAGAGCUUACUGGGUUGAACUCAAAAUGGGCUACGACCUUGAUGGCUCAGCAUCUGCUAGCAGCAGCUGAUCGCUAUGGCUUAGAGAGACUUAGGCUGAUGUGUGAAGCAAGCCUAUGUGAAGAUGUCGCAAUAAACACUGUUGCUACAACUCUAGCCUUGGCAGAGCAGCAUCAUUGUUUCCAACUGAAAGCAGUCUGUCUGAAAUUCAUUGCAAGGCCUGAAAAUCUUAGAGCUGUGAUGCAAACUGAUGGUUUUGAGUACUUGAAGGAAAGUUGCCCAUCUGUUUUGACUGAGCUUUUGGAGUAUGUAGCUAGAUUUACUGAGCAUUCGGACUUCAUGUUCAAACAUAGGAGUGAAGCAAUACUUGAUGGCAGCGACAUAAAUGGAAGGCGUGUGAAGCAAAGGCUAUAAUGUGAACCCUGAUCAGUUUUCUGUACGACCCUCUGCCCUCGCCUUUGAAAAUUACAGUGAGAACCAUAUAUAGGGGGAGAUUAUAAGCAUUUAUAGGAUUAGAGGCAAUUUUUAAUUUUCUUAGCUUCAUGUCUAGCAGAUGUAAAUGUGGUUUGUUUUGGUACUGCUCUGUCUCGCAUAGGUCUCUGUGAUACGUUUUCUCGUUAAAAACAUUGGUCUGCAAUGAAAGUAUUGAUUUCUGAUGUGUCAUUUUCCUUC